AUAUAUGAUAAGAAUUGAAAUAAAUGAUUAUAUUUUAUAUGAUGAUACAUAAAUUAUUAAUAGAUUAUAAAUCUUAUAUUUUUUUUUGAUAAAAUUAAUUUUCAACAGAAGUUUUUAUUUUUUAAAUAUAUAAUUUUGUAAAUAUUUAAUAUUAAAUUUUAAAUUAAUUAGAAUGUUUCAGCAGUUAUUAUUUAAAAAAAUAUUUUCUUAUGGACCAAAAUAUUAUUGGUUAAAUCGAAUAAAUCAGAUUUCAAAUGAUUCAAUAAAAGAUGGGAAUAAUAAAGAUGGGAAUUGUGAACCAAAAACAAAUGUAUUUGAAAAAGUUCCCUUGCAAAAUUCAUAUAACAAACAAGAAGUGUUGCAUUUACUUGAAGAAGCUGCAACAUUUGAAGAUGCUAAAGAUAAAAAUUGGAUGACAACUCCAUAUCCUAAGGAUAUUUCAAUAAAAAAAGAAACAGAACCAAGUAUUAAUCCAAAAACUACUUCUAUUUUAUUAUUUCCUGGUCAAGGAACUAUCAAAGUUGGUAUGAUUAAAAAAUACUUGCGUUAUUCUGGUACUAAGGAACUUUUUGAAAUAGCUAAUGAAAUAAUCAAUUAUAAUUUAUUGAAACUUUGUUUGGAUGGUGCACAAGAGAAAUUAAAUAGAACUGAAUUUAAUCAAGCUGCUACAGUAGUAUCAUCUUUAGCCGCACUAGAAAAAAUUAAAGAAGAAAAACCUCAUGUAUUUGAAAGUUGUGUUGCUACAGCUGGAUAUAGUGUAGGAGAGAUAACUGCUUUAAUUCUCUCUGGUAUACUAACUUUUGAAGAUGGAAUACGAUUAGCAUGGACUAGAGGAAAAGCUAUGCAAUAUGCUGCAGAUAAAGUACCUCAAGGAAUGUUAUCCAUUAUUUGUACACCAAAAACAAAACUUUCACAAGUUUGUCAAGAAGCAAAGAACUGGGCAAUGAACAUUGGUAUUGAAAAACCAAUAUGCAGAAUUGCUAUUUUUUUAUGUACAGAAAGAAAAAUAAUAGCAGGAAAUAUAGAAGCAUUAGAAUAUAUUGAAAAAAAUAAAACAGAAUUUAAUUUAGAAAAUGUAUCUAGAUUACCUGUAUCUGGAGCUUUUCAUACACCAUUGAUGGAACCUGCUCUAAAAUCAGUUUCUGAAAUGUUAAAAUCCAUAACAAUAAAUGAACCUAGAUGUAAAGUAUAUUCCAAUUAUAAAGGUUAUCCAUAUAGUAAUUUACGAUAUGUGAAAAAAUAUAUAUUGAAACAAAUUGUCUCACCAGUUAAAUGGGAACAAUGUUUGCAAAAUAUAUAUAACAGACCUAAGGGAACAUCAUUUCCAGAAACAUAUGAUAUAGGAUCAGAAGGAAGAAUGAGAACUAUUUUAAAAUUAAUUAAUGCAAAAGCAAGUAGAUCAUGUACAGUAAUUUAAUUUAUAAUUGUUAAGAUGAGAUUUUAAAUAUACAUUUUUUACUUAA